AUGCACAGCUGCUCCUCCAGCCUCUCCUUGCUCCCAACACUAGCUUCCCAUCACAGGAAGUACCCAAGCGUUUCAUCACUUCUCAACAGCACGCUACGGGAGGGGGGAAAAGACAAAGUGCAAAUGAAAGCCACAACCAACUUCAGCUACUCCAGAAACAACAGCAACUGUACCAGCGAUAACAAAAUCAGUCAAGUCAUUUUUCCUUUGCUUUAUACAGUCCUGUUUCUGGUGGGUAUCACCAUGAAUGGCCUCGCAAUGUGGGUCUUUUUUAAAAUAUCCAGUAAAUCCAAUUUCAUCAUCUUCCUCAAGAACACUGUCAUUUCUGACUUCCUCAUGAUCUUGACUUUUCCAUUUAAAAUCCUUAGUGAUGCAAAGUUGGUAUCAUGGGUACUGAGAGGAUUUGUGUGCCAGGUAACCCAGGUUGUAUUUUACUUCACCAUGUACAUUAGCAUUUUGUUUCUUGGUCUAAUAACUAUCGAUCGCUAUCAGAAAGCCACUUCGCCGUUCAGAACAUCAACACCAAGGAGCCUUUUAGGUGCCAAGAUCCUGUCCACAGUGAUUUGGAUAUCAAUGUUUGCUCUUUCAUUACCCAACAUGAUUCUAACGAAUAAGAAGAAAACGCCUCAGAACGUAAAAAAGUGUGCUUUCUUGAAAUCUGAGUUUGGCUUAGUCUGGCAUGAAAUCGUAAACUAUAUUUGUCAACUUAUCUUCUGGGUUAAUUUAGCAGUCAUAGUUGUAUGCUACAUACUCAUAAGUAAAGAACUGUACAAAUCCUAUAAAAGGACAAGGUGCACAGGAAAGGCAUCCAAAAAGACUGUAAAUCUGAAGGUUUUCAUCAUUAUCGCAGUGUUCUUUAUUUGUUUUGUGCCAUUCCACUUUACUAGAAUCCCCUACACGUUGAGCCAAACAAGAGACGUUUUUGAAUGCUCUGCUCAGAACACCUUGUUUUACUUGAAAGAGAGCACACUGUGGCUGACAUCGCUAAAUGCUUGCCUAGAUCCAUUCAUAUACUUUUUCCUUUGCAAAUCAUUUAGAAAGUCCUUGCUAGACAUGCUGUGCAAGCACACAGCAUCGUCAGAACUCAGAGCACAGAUAAAAGAGCAGAAUGAAGGAGAUGACACAGAUGAGACACCGCUCUAG